AUGCUUGUAAGAUUUCUUCCAUUAUUGUUACUAGCUCUAGGUGGUCUUGGAGGAGCGCAAGUACUUCCUAAUAGAUUUUAUAAUUUCACUAGCCCAGCAAAUUACAGUAAUUCCAACAUCACAAAUGCCACUACAUCCUAUCAAAGAGUGACAAAUUUGUGGGAUGGAUUCCAAGUAGCGCGGGGUACUAUCACACAUGUCGUCGAGCCGUUACCAAUAGCCAAAGAUGAGCUAACUCCUCCUCCCAAUAUGAAACCACUGCAUUGCCAAUACAGGCUACCAAAAGACUUCAUAUGGGGAUGGGCAUCCAGUGCCAGUCAGAUUGAAGGUGCAGUUGAUGCUGAUGGAAGGGGCCCUUCCGUGUGGGAUAAUGUUGCCCACAAAGUCCCCGGAUUCUUAAAAAAAAACGAGACAUUUGACAUUGCAAACAACCACUAUUACAUGUAUAAGCAAGACUUUCAAAGACUAAAGGCAAUGGGGGUUCCUUAUUAUUCUAUGACCAUUUCAUGGUCACGAAUUUUUCCGUCUGACAGCGGCGAAGUUAAUAAAGCUGGAUUGCAGCAUUAUAUUGACGAAGUCAACUAUUUGUUAGAAAAUGGCAUUCAACCCAUAGUAACUCUAUAUCACUGGGAUAUUCCUCAAGUCCUACAAGACAAGUAUGGAGGCUGGUUGGACAGAAAAGUUGUUCAAGAUUUUGCUAAUUAUGCUCGAGUUAUGUUUGAAGCUCUUCCAAAAGUAAAACUUUGGCUAACACUAAAUGAACCCCAGGUGUUUUGCAAUGACUACGCCGAUUGGCCUGAUGAAGGCGUACCGGACCAUGUGUUCCCAACCUUCGGACUCAACAGCACACAGAGAAAAUAUAUAUGUGGUCACAAUGCACUUUUAGCACAUGCCAGUGCUGUCCAUAUUUAUAGAACCGAAAUUGAACCAAAAUAUGGCAAGGGAAAAAUUUCAUUUGCCAACUCUUGGGAUUAUACUCCAUCCUAUUCCAAUUCUUCUGAGGACAUAUUAGCUUCGGAAAGGUCACUAGACUUUACUGCCGGAUGGUUUGGUCAGCCUGUCUAUAUAGACGGGGAGUAUCCCCAGUCGAUCAGGGAUGUCGUUUAUGAGACUUUGCCUCGCUUUACCGAGGAAGAAAAAUCGCUUGUUCUUAAUUCUACUGAUUUCUAUGCAUGGGAUGGUUAUACCGGUCAUCCUGUAAGGGCCUCAGAUGAUUUCAGUAGCUGUGUUACCAGCCAGGGUGAUUCCGAAAAUUGGCCCGAAUGUUUUGACGAAGUAUUCACACUUCCUGGUGACUGGCUUAUAGGAAAUCGUGCUGAUGUCGGAGUUUCCAAUUGGUUAUAUCAAACGCCGCGAUACUUCAGAGAGGGGAUUGUUUGGGCCUGGUCACAUUUCAAGCCGUUAGAGAUUAUAAUUCCGGAAUCCGGAUUCAGCGUUUGGAAAGAGAAUGAAAUGACAGAAGCUCAAGCACGCUAUGAUGACACUAGAGUCAGUUAUCUACAUGACUACUUGCAUCAGGCACUCAAACUUAUCCAUGAAGACAAGGUAAAACUGAGUGGGAUUAUCGCCUGGAGCAUGUAUGAUAAUAUAGAAUGGAGGCAGGGUCGAGAUACGCGUUUCGGUUUGCAGUAUUUUGACUAUAACCAUAUGAAAGUUUAUUUCAAAAAGUCUGCAUUCUAUAUGAGGGACUUUUUUAAUCACUACAUGACCCAAGAAUAA